AUGGCGGCAUUCUCACUUGCGUCUGCGGCGCCGCUACGGAAUCUUUUCAGGUUUUCAUUGUUCACGCCAUCCUUUGCCGCUCCAGCAGUUCUUGGCAUACCUAGCCUUCCGUCACCAUCGCUGCGCUGGUCACUACCCGACAUAUGGUCUCUUCUCGAGCUUCUUCCGCCGAUAGUGCUCGCUGUGCCCAAGAAAAAGGUAUCGCACUCCCGCAAGUCCAUGCGUAGUGCGAACAAGGGACUCAAGGACAAACAUAACCUCGUCCAUUGCCCGGCAUGCGGCUCUCCUAAACUUGCACAUCAUCUCUGUCAACAAUGCUAUUCCGAGUUGAACCGGAACUGGAAAGCAAAGAACAAAGCAUCAGAAAGCCAUAGCGAUGUACCUGCCGUGUCCACUUGA